AUGGUCACUGUGUCAACAUCAAAAGUCAAACGCAUCCGUGCAAAGCUAACGGAUAUCCAAAAGGCUGCCCGCCGCGCAAAAUUAGUCAAGCUCACCGAUGCCAUCACAACAGCGCAAGAUACGUACCAAGAGGAGGCCUGUGCUAUUGCCAAAGAUAAUGGCCGACAAAAACUGAAUGAGGAGAACGAAGGACAUGCGCCGGGGGAUCUAUUGAAGCUUCCUGCAUUUAUCAAGGCCCACAGUUCAAAACUAACAUCGGCCCAUUUGCGCUUGACGUUGGUCGACAAGAACCGCCUGCGGGAGAACAUCAACACAUAUCGCCAGUCACAUGUGAAGGUUACACGUGCGAACCCUAAGGCACUACAAAAGGAUGUCAACGCGACAUUCAAAACAAUGCAGACAGAGUGGGCUAGCAUCCAAGCACGAAUGGGCCUCGACGGAAUGUAUCUUGCUGUUCGAGGUGAUGUCGAGCAGUACCACGAACCGAAGCUCUUUUACACAGCAAAAGUCGGGUCGUUCAUCAAAGAUGUUCUCGGCAUGGAGCCGAAGCACUUUGCGCUCAAAGUCGAGUCCUGGGUAGUUGGAGAUUUCGAUAGUGCUGGCACAGUCAGCCAACGACUGUCAUUGACAAAACUUGUGAGCCUAUGCCGCCAACACAUCCAGGACGGACUUGAUAUUAUUAUUCCUACUUUGAGGCAUCCGCCAAAAAAGAAGGUCAAAAUGAAUUACAACAAUUACGAAGGCAAGAUUGUAGAAACUUACGGCGUUGCACUGGAAAAUGAACAUGCUCAUGGACAAAGCUCACAAGUGACGAGCUCGUAG